GGGUGGCCGUGAGGCCUUAAAUUUCUGGUGCUCACCACUUAUCCAAACACUGCAAAAUGUCACUCUCAUCUCCUCUUCUUCAACUUCCAAUCUCCUCCCAAAUCAAAUCCCUCAGCCUCACCACCACUUUCCUCCAUGGCUCCUCAUCCCUGUCCCGUCUCUCCACCCCCUCUUCUCAUUCAUCCUCCCACCAACCACGCGCCUCCGCUUUCACUCCAACAAUCCGGGCCCUGAGAUCUGUGCAAGGCCGCGUUGUCUGCACCGCCAACGACAAGACCGUCGCCGUCGAGGUUGUCCGCAUGGCGCCCCACCCCAAGUACAAGCGCAGGGUCAAGAAGAAGACGAAGUUCCAAGCUCACGAUCCUCUGAACCAGUUCAAAGUUGGGGACUUGGUUCAGCUUGAGAAGAGCCGCCCCAUUAGCAAGACCAAGACCUUCAUUGCCGUCGCAGUUCCUCCCAGGAAUCAGCGAAAGAAAGAGGAAGAUGCCCCCGAGUCCCAGGAGCUUGGACUUCCAUUUGAGUCUGAGCAGAAUGUUAGCUAGAGCUAUGGGUUUUGCUGGUAAAACAGUGCUUGUUUUUGAAUUGUCUUUUUGUUUUCUUCAAUCAAUUUAUUUACUGUGCAGUUCGAUUAAUGUGUUAAGUAAUCAAUAUUUACAUAUUUUGAGUCUUUUGACAUUAUUGAUUUAUUAUAACAUCUUAGUUCUGCUUUCUUGUUUUGCUUAUC